GGCGGCUUGUAGAUUGUCUUCUUCUGAUCAUGUAGACGAAGAAAAAGGUGAAAAAGCAAGUGUUCAAGCUGAGCUUUGUACGGGGUGGUAACCAUGCAAUAUCCGCUGCUGCUGCUGCUGCUGGUUACCAUAAUUCUUUGGUUGCCUCCUACUUCAAGCCUUGAUGCUACCAACAGUACAACCAAAAAAAGGCGAGAGGUAAUUUCAGGACGCCAUGCUGCUGUUGCCACGGAUGAUGGCCGAUGCUCCAGAAUUGGGAUGCAUGUUCUUCGCGAAGGUGGUCAUGCCGUUGAUGCAUCAGUGGCUGCUGCUCUUUGCUUAGGGGUUGUGAGUCCAGCAUCAAGUGGCAUAGGGGGAGGAGCCUUCAUGCUUAUCAGGCUAGCCAGCGGGGAGGCACAAGCCUUUGAUAUGAGAGAAACUGCUCCCUUGCUAGCUUCUGAGAACAUGUAUUCUUCCAACACUACGCUGAAAGGUAAAGGGGCUCUCUCCAUAGCAAUUCCAGGGGAACUUGCAGGCCUUCAUAAAGCUUGGAAACAAUAUGGAAGGCUUCCAUGGAAAAGGCUUGUAAGUCCAGCUGAGCGUCUCGCUCGUUUGGGAUUUAAGAUUUCACCAUACCUCAACAUGCAGAUGCGCAGAACAGAAUCAGGAAUCUUGGCAGAUGAGGGACUUCGUCAUGUAUUUACAUCAAACGGAAGUCUCUUGAAGACAGGUGAGACAUCUCGUAACUGGAAACUGGCGCAGACACUCAGAGACAUUUCGAAUUUCGGUCCCAGAGCCUUCUAUAAUGGAUCUAUCGGAUCCAAAUUGGUUAGAGAUAUUCACAAGGUUGGAGGAAUACUGACAAUGAAGGAUUUGCAAAAUUAUAGGGUUAAACUGAGCAAGCCUAUAUCUUAUGACACUCUUGGGUUUAAAAUACUUGCUAUGCCUCCUCCUUCCGGAGGUCCUCCAAUGAUACUUAUGCUAAACAUUCUUUCUCAAUAUGGAAACGUUUCUGGAGUUUCUGAUCCUCUUUGGGUCCAUCGAGAAAUCGAGUCCUUGAAACAUGUAUUUGCGGUGAGGAUGAAUCUUGGUGAUCCUGAGUUUGUUAAUGUGACUAAUGUUCUAGCUGAUAUGCUUUCUCCUAAGUUUGCUGAGGAGUUAAAGAAGACCAUAUAUGACAACAGGACUUUUGACCCAAGCCAUUAUGGAGGCAGGUGGAACCAGAUCCAUGAUCAUGGAACCAGUCAUUUGUCCAUCAUAGAUAACAAGCAAAAUGCCGUCUCCAUGACUACUACUGUGAAUGGAUAUUUCGGUGCACAAAUACUGUCGUCAAGUACAGGAAUAAUUUUAAACAAUGAAAUGGAUGACUUCUCUAUACCUGGAAAUGAUUCUACAGUUCCACCUCCAGCACCGCCCAAUUUCAUCAGGCCAGGAAAGAGGCCACUAUCAUCCAUGACACCUACUAUAGUCCUGAAGGAUGAGCAACUGAAAGCAGUAGUAGGAGCAAGUGGGGGAGGCAUGAUCAUUGCUGCAACUGCACAGGUUCUUUUGAAUCAUUUUGCAAGGGGACUAGAUCCACUCUCUUCGGUCAUGGCUCCGAGGGUCUAUCAUCAGCUAUUACCUAAUGUGGUUCAGUAUGAAAAUUGGACAACCGUGACUGGCGAUCACUUUGAAGUUCCUGCUCAAAUCAGGAAAGCCCUACACAAGAAGGGCCAUGUCCUAGAUCCCCUUUCUGGUGGAUCAAUUUGCCAGUUUAUAGUUCAACAAAUAGAGGCUUUGAAGAACAAUGGAGGCACUAGGGAGAUUGUGGCAGUUAGUGAUCCAAGAAAAGGCGGUUUUUCUUCUGGUUUCUGCAAUUGGGGGGUGGGGUUAGGCACUACGGAAUUGAAGCUAGUUAUUGCCUUUGUUCCCAUGCUAGUUUUCUUCCCCCUCGUCCACAGUUAGUAACUAAUUCAAAAUUUCUAUUAUAUAACAAGAUUGACAAUUUGUUUAGUGCAGUUCAUUUUGUUUUUAUCCUUUGCUCCACAAAGAAAAAGGCACGAUGGUUAUGAUAUUGCUAAAGAAUUUGAGAAAAUAA